AUGAUUUGGAACAAUCGUCGUCGUCGUCGUCAUCGUUGUCCGAAAAAAGCGAUCAAAUGCGAUUGGAAUUUCUGGUGGACAUAUGAUGGAAUUUCUGGUCCAGAAUUCUGGGGCAUAUUGAAUCCAGAUUGGUUUCUUUGUAACAAAGGUCAUCGCCAAUCACCGAUUGAUAUAAAACCAGGAUUAUUGUUAUAUGAUCCAAAUUUAAAGAGUAUAUUUAUUAAUAAAAACAGAGUAAAUGGAUAUAUCGAAAAUGAUGGACAUAGUGUCGUCUUUCAUAGUCAUUAUUAUAGUUAUAAUAAUCAAAGUGAUAUCACCACCACCACCAAUAACAACAACAACAAUAAUGAUAAUCUAAUACCACCACCAGUAACAAUAAAUGGUGGUCCAUUAUCAUAUUCAUAUAUUUUUCAUUCAUUACAUAUCCAUUUUGGUCUGGUCGAUUCAUAUGGUUCAGAGCAUUUAAUUUCCGGUUUUCAAUUUCCCGGUGAAAUUCAAUUGAUUGGUUAUAAUUCUGAUCUAUAUGAAAAUUAUGAAGAAGCAUCAACCAAACCUAAUGGCCUUGUUGGUAUAGCCAUCUUUCUUAAACAAGAAUCAAAAAGUUCAGCCGGAAUUGAAAUCCUAACAUCACAACUUAAUCAUAUCGUUUAUCGAGGUCAAAAGACGGCUAUAAAAUCAUUAAGUUUACGUGAAUUAUUACCUGAUGAUCAGAAUUAUGUAACCUAUGAUGGUUCACUAACAACACCAUCAUGUGAUGAAGUUGUAACAUGGAUUGUUAUCAACAAGCCUUUGUCAAUCACCAAAGAACAGCUCCAAUCCCUACGUUUUUUGAUGCAAGGUAGCAUCGAUGUUCCUAAAGCUCCAUUGGGCAAUAAUUUUCGGCCAACACAAUCGAUAAAUGAUCGUGUUAUUCGUACAAACAUUGAAUUCAAACAAUCAUCAAAGGAUAGAAACUGUCCUACAAUGAAACAGAAUGUCCAAUAUGAAAUCAAUCAAAAAUUAUGGAACGUAAGAUGAUGUGUGUGUGAUGGUAAUCAUUGGAAUUCUGGGCAAUAAUCAUUGGAAUCAAUCCAUCCAACAUACGAAUGAUUCAUUUUCACAUUGUAUAUCUUCAUUCAUUCAUCCAUAUUCGUCAUUAGAUGUAAUCCGUUUUUAUUUAUAUUCGUAUUCUUGACAAUGACAAUUGAUAGCAUAAACAUACACACACACACCCACACACAAAACGAAAAAUAUACACUUUUAGCCCAUCAUAUAUAAACGAUUAAUCAUGAAAUAGAUAAUAAUCAAUUAAAAUAAUUCUGAUAACUCAA